CAUGUUCAGAGUUGAGAAUGAAAUACACUUAAUAUCGCUAGCUUCACAGAGACUCAAGCAACUAUGGCGGAGCCCUCCCUAAGUGGCCCAGGCGCAGGAGAAGUUACAGGGGUCCAGGAUGAGGAUGGGGACUUUGAUCCUUCAGCAGAUAUGCUCGUACAUGACUUUGAUGAUGAGCAGACUCUGGAGGAAGAGGAGAAACUUGAAGGAGAGACCGAUGUCAGUGCUGAAAUUGAUGACCUCGCACGAGUAUGGUCCACCUGUUCUCAAAUUCAUUUACUAAAUCUAAAUCAUUUACUAAAGAGUUUCUCAUACUAUUUUAGACCAAGGACCCAAACUGAAACCACUUCUACUGAGGGUGAGAUGCCCAUCCAUGAGCUUCUGAAGUUGUACGGCUACAGCACUGGCGGCUCUCCUGAUGAAGAGGAUGGAGAUGUUCAAGAGGAAGACUCGGAGAAUACCUGCAGCAGUCAUAGUAAACUCAAAGAGGAGGGGAGGCAUGAGCUUUCAGACCAUGAUGAGGACACGCAGUCAUCUGGUGAUGAGACUCCAUCCUGCAGCGUAUCUCACAGCACAGCUCAACUCAUCUGCUCUCAACCAUGCAACUACUUGGAAGGUAAUGAAGAAUCUGAAGAUGAAGAGUAUAUUCCAUCUGAACACUGGAAGAAGGAGAUCAUGGUUGGUUCAAUGUAUCAAGCAGAGACUCCUGUUGGACUGUGCACAUAUAAGGACAAUGAAAAAGCAUAUGAGAAUGAUGAUCAGCUUUUGUGGAAUCCGGAGUUACUUCCAGAGGAAAAGGUGGUGGAGUUUUUAGCCGAGGCCUCUAAACGCACUGGAGAAGAGACUGGUGUCCAUGCCAUUCCAGAAGGAUCUCAUGUCAAAGACAAUGAACAGGCUCUUUUUGAAUUGGUGAAGUGCAAUUUCAAUGCACAAGAAGCUUUAAGAAGAUUGAAAUUUAACGUGAAGGCAGCCAAAGAGGAGAUGUCAGCGUGGACGGAAGAAGAGUGUAGAGGUUUUGAACAAGGACUCAAAGCUUAUGGGAAAGAUUUCAGCUCAAUUCAAGCAAAUAAGGUGAGAACUAGAUCUGUAGGGGAAUGUGUGGCCUUUUAUUACAUGUGGAAGAAAUCUGAGCGUUAUGAUUUCUUUGCACAGCAAACCAAGAUUGGGAAAAGAAAACACAGCUUUCGUCCUGGAGUAUCGGAUUAUAUGGAGCGUCUUCUGGAUGAGAAGGAGAGCUCUGAGUCCAGUGGAUCUGCCUCUCCUCUGCCCUCGACCUCUAACAACAGUAAACACCCAUCGGAGACCGAAAGUGUCACAAACACUCAGAAUGGUGUAGGGAGUCAUUCAACACAAGAGCCCCUUGUCUGUGAAGAUGAGAUGUCUCAGACGAAUGGCUCUACCGUGUGUCCAGAUAUUUCCAGCUCAAACACCCCCCCCAAUCCUAACCCUGACACCAUCAGCCCUAGCAUAGAAGUCAUAGACAUCACAGUCAAACAGAGAGAGGAGGAUAAACACUCUGAAAGACCGCUGAAAAGGCUUAGAACUGACACAGAUGCCAACAGGGAAGGAUCUCUCCCACACAGUGAAAUAGCAACUGUCUGACUCACUAGAAAAAGCCCAGAGAAAAGACUGGAAAAGCAAAGCGCAGCCAUCUAACCCCUGACUUGGCAUGAGCGUUUAAAACAGAUCAACAUGUACUCUGUUUUAGUGUGAAGAUAGCUGAGAUGUGUCUCUCAAUUUCAGGGAUGCAAAUGAAGCACAUGUGCAAAAAGUAUUUGGACUCAUAAUCCAUACUUAAAAAUGUAUGGAUGUCUUUGCAUUUUACAACUAAAUAUCAAACCCAGUCGCAUUUAACUUAAAGAAAAGUUCUGAGAAAAUGUCAAGCGUCAUUUGUCUGCAGUUGCCACUUGUUUUGAUAUUUGAAUCUAAUGCAGUGAUAUUCAGACAUUUGUGAGUGACUUAAAGCAUAGUUCACCCAAAACUGAAAAUGUUGUCAUCAUUCACUCAUCAUGUUGUUCCAAACCCAUAUGACUCUGCUUCAAUGGAACACAAAGGGAGAUCAGUAAAAUGUUAGGCAGAAUGUUAGUCUCAGUCACCAUUAACUUUUAUUGCAUCUUUUUGUCCAUGCAGUGAAAGUGAAUAGGUACUGAGGCUGUCUAACAUCUCCUUUUGUGUUUCAUGGAAGAAAGAAUUUUGGGGCUACUGUAUGUCCUCUCACAUAACUGCCACACGUUUAGUUGAUGUUAUGGAAGGCUCAACCGCUAUCUUCUCUGUAGCAUUAUUUAUGAAUAUAGGUUAACAUGAUCAACGUUAUUGUGCUUGCUUUAGGUAGUUUGAAAGCCAGUAUGAAAGCAUCAUCUGGUAUCUGACUGAAUUUUAUUGUGAAACUUUUAUCAUAAGCUGUGCAUAACAUUGUUCUAGCUGCACACUGAGUAAACUGACAAAAGAAUUUUGGCGAUGACUAUUGUAAAAAGGUUAUGUGACCAAGGGCGUAGAUUUGGCUUGAACUUUGGGGGGAUUGCAGCUUGAAGUAUUUACAUGUUUCCAUUGAUCAUCUUAAAAAUAAUGGGGUGUAGAUCCCCCCAUAAUCUACCCCCCCCCCCCCCCCAAACUACACCCCUGUAUGUGAUACUUUGUAAAAUUCCAUCCUUUUCAUUCCUGAAUUUCCACUUUGACCAAAGUGAAAUGUUGAUAUCUUUUAACACUUACUGAAAAGCUUUUUUCAGAAGAUAUUUCUUCUUUAUAUGAAAUAAUGUCUUAUUUUUGUAUUUGAUAGCUAUUUAUUUUUUUUAAUCAGAUAUUGGUGAUGCAUGAGGCCAGUAUACAGAGUAUAAUUGUAUAGACUGGAGUGAGUAGUGUUGAAUUAAAAUGGCAGCCGACUGAAUGGUGCUAUUUAUUGUUUUCCUCCAUUUUACUUACUGUGAGAAUGUCCACCCAUCCUUAAGAAUAUUUUUGUGAAGUUAUUUUGUACGACCUCAGUUCUGUUAGAAAUGCCAGAGGAAACUGUAAACUACAUUCUCAAAUUGGUGGUUCACAUUUGUAAUCCAUGUCUGCCUUGGCUCUGGAAAGUGUAGAAACAACUUUUUCCAUGUUUACAUGUAGUAGUGUAUGUAAAAAAAAAAAAAAAGAAAAUCAGUUUAAUUUAGUGAACUACUCAUGUAUUAAAACCAGUCUAUUUACUCAGAUUCAUAUUUUGUCUUUUAUUACUAAAAUGUAUGUCUUCCAGAGAAAGAUUUUUGUCACCGCAUUACAACUCUUUAUCUGAGUGCGUUUUAUGAUGAAUAAAGCUCUUAAAGGAAUAGUUCACCCAAAAAUGAAAAUUCUCUCA